GAAAGACGAAUGCGAAGAAUGCGAUUCAGAAGAAGAAGCGGAGUAAGGAGAAGUGGGAAGUGUUGAUCGUUUCCAUUUAGUUAACUGGCGACGAUUCUCCGGCUCUUUGGCUUUAAUAAUAUCAGGUAAAUUAUCACAUUAGUCCUUAUCCCCUAAAAUUAUUAUAAACAGACCUCGCCCAGAAUCUGGAGAGCGAUCAGGAUCCACACAAUUUCACGAUGAACCUGGAACGACUGCCCAACGAGGAGAAACUCGGCCUUUGCAGAAAAUAUUAUUUAGGUGGCUUUGCAUUUCUCCCAUUCCUGUGGCUGGUCAACAUUGUUUGGUUUUUUCGGGAGGCCUUUGUAAAGCCAGCCUACACUGAACAGCUCCAGAUAAAAACUUAUGUAAAGCGGUCAGCGCUGGGGUUGCUGUUAUGGGUAGCAGUACUCACCACAUGGAUUACUAUCUUCCAGCACUUCAGAGCAGAGUGGGGGGAGGUGGGAGAUUACCUCUCCUUUACAAUUCCACUGGGCAUUCCUUGAGAUUUUUUUUUUUUUUUGAUGCCAGGUCUUUUGAAAAUAACUAAUGAUCCACUAUAAUGGACUAAAGAAUUUUCUUUCUUAAACUACAAUGAAACAUUUUGGUGAUUUGUCUGGUCUCUUGAGCUAAAUUCAAUAGCGGAAUAACAUGUUAACAGAGUAAUCCCUUAUAUCCUCUAAAGAUAAUUGCUGUAGGACAUGGAAAUUUAUGUUUUUUCUGCUUGCCUAGGCAUUUGAUAAACUCCUUUGAUUUAGAGUAGUCUACUUAAUCUUUGUAUAGCAGACGGUGUUAACUGUCAUGUACACUGUCUGAGGACAAAGCUGGAUGUGGAUUGAGGUUUGUUCAGGAUAUUGAACAAUAGAUUCAAGUUUUUUUUGUUUUUUUUUUCCUUCAUUUAAACAUUUUUGUUAAUGUUUGUAUGUCAUUGUGCAUCUUAAACUAUUUUUACUUAUGUAUGGAUGACGAAUAAAAAAAAUAUCUGUA